AAUAAUAAACAAUAUGUGUUAAGUCGCAAGUGUGAAAAUGACAUUUAAAAGGACCAAAUGUGGCGCGAAACUUUUUUGUGCAAAAAGUGUUAAAAUUAAAACGAUAUGGGAUGAGUUAUAGUGAGAGAUGUUAUGUUCAACCCACUGUUCCAACCAAAGAUGAUGCACGAAAUUCACGACAAUGCUGGGGCAGGUGCAAACGACGAGAUGGAGGAAAACGAGGGCGGCGGGAGUGGGGGUGCCGAGGUCGAUAUGGACGAUAUCGGCUCCCUCACUUUACCUCCCGACCUGCCCCCUUACUCCGGUGACUACAUCAUUAGUGACUAUAUGGAACGUCUCGGUACUCGUCUUAAUAUCCUAGAAACUGAAUUAAAAUAUGCGUGGCGAGCUCUUGAUCUUCUAAGCCAGGAAUAUGUAAGAAUGUGGGAUCGAUUGGAAAGAUUAGAAUCGUUGCUAGCAGAUCAACAGGGUGUAAUAUCUACUCUUCUUGAUUUUUAUGCGUGUCGCACAGUAACAUCUAGAGAUCCUAUGUCAAGGCUAGAAGUAAUCAGAGAAAUAUUGGGUAAUGGCACUGUGGAAGAUGUAAUUGAAGAUGGCUUAGAUAUAGACAGGAGUGGAGUGUUAUUAGAUCCCCAAGAAGAGGUUAUGGAAUCAAACGAGGCUUUCUAUAGAAGUUUAAAUCAGGCUUAUAGAGAUGAUUUAGUGUGUGACGAAACUUCUAGACCACCUUCACAAUUGGAUAUGAUUUGGGAAGCGCCGGAAGAAACUGAAGUAGAAAUUAUACCUACUACGUCUAGGCAAAUUUUCAGUGCCAGUGAUUAUAAAAAUUACUGUGGCUUGCAGGGUGGGCCUGGUAUAAGUGAAAGAGAUAUGGUUCAUCUGUCUACCUUAAGUACAAUAGAUCAAAUUACAGUAGAUAAAUUACAUGAAUUAGAUAGGUUGACAACCCAAUUACACAAAGAUUCGAGAGAGUUAAAAGACUUGAAAACAAGGCUCCUUAGUCCUGAAACAAAAGUAACAGCAAAACGAGACAGAGAUAGAGAUAUAGAAGCUAAAACCUUAGUUGAAGAUGGACAUAUUAUAAAUGAACAACUAAAAAAUAUGUAUACAGGUGGAGAAAAUUGGGGUAUAAAUGAUAUGAUGAAAAGUUUUGAUGAUUUUAUUUUAACAAUACCAAAAGAUAAUUCCGUUAGAGAUAAGUCUCCAUCUAGAUUAUCACUUUCUGAACAUACAGUGGCGGAUAGAACAUUAGAUUAUUUACCACCAUCUUUAUCUCCUCGGCGAAAAUUUGUACAUGAAAGAACAACAACAGAACCUUAUACAACAGUAACAGGUCGAUUAGCAUACAGUUCAGCUGUAGCUAACGCUGAAAUAGCAGCCAAAGUAUCGAAAUCGCCUGGUGCUUUAUCAAGAGAAAGAUUUGAGUAUAGUUCGCCUUAUCAAGUAACUGAUAUUACAAAACAAAAUUAUUAUUCGACAAAAAGUACAACACAAACAUUAAGUGAAAUUUAUAAAAGUUGUACAGAACAACAUUCACCGUUAUCUGUUCAUGAAAUAUAUGAUGAAACUGCAGAUAAUAUACUAGAAAUGAGUUUUGAAGAAAAUAGACUACGGAAAUCUCCUAGUCCUCCUCCACCUGCGCCUCCAAAUGGUGCUCCACAUUUCUCAACAAUUGAAAGUAACAAUGAAUUGCUAUCUGCGCAUCAAUCUAUGCUAUCGACAGGUUCUUCUUUUCCUGCUGAAACUAUGCGAUUAAGUCCACGAUCACCAAAAUCCCCAAAAACCUCACCAAAACAUUUAAAAAGAGAUAGUACUAAUAUUGUAGCAGCAAAAUCAGACUCGGGUCUAUCAUCAAUGAGUGGUUGGUCGAGCUUAGAAAAGAGCCCUGGUUCACCUAAAACGGGAAGGGUUGCUCAUUCUAUACAUGAUGGUCAUAGAGUAAGAAUUCCUUCCCCACAAUCGGUUCAAAGAGUAUCAUAUGAAAUUGAUUCCAAACCAUAUUUAGAAACAUUAGUAGACUCGUAUCAGUUUGAAGAGAAGGAUAUCAAAAAAGACUACAAUAUGAGGAAAAGUGACAACUUUAAAGACACGUCGGUCGAUAUUAAUAGGUUGCAAGAAAAAAUUGAUUCUAGUUUUUUAAAAAGCGAUAUUCCGUAUUCAAUAUGUGGUCAAAGUACCAUUAGUAAUAUUGAUUAUUAUUAUCAAAAUGAAGCACCUUCUAUAUACUCUGUGGCUGGCAAUAGGCAACCAAUUUUUACUACAGUUUAUAGUACACCAAGGGGAGUGCUCUCUGAAGAUAGGCGUUUUUCCGAGUUAUUAGAUAGAAAUGAAAUUAUAGAGCCGGUUCCUAAACAAACAAUAGAUUCGUAUCCACCAGAACCAAGUUAUCAUGCGCAAACUGUUGUUAUGUCAGCAGCAAAUGUACCUAAGAAGCCAUUGACAAGAGCAAACACAUUAGGAUCAAAUGAUGUCCACUUUCAACAAAAUGGAUAUAAAUCAAAUAACCAUAGGUCAGGAUAUCCAACCGGAAAUUUGACUGACGCACUUUCCUAUUAUCCAACUUCCAGUAGAUAUGACUCACCAAAAAGAACUUCUUUAGAAGAUCAAAUAUCCUGGCGAGGCAACAGGUCGCCUACUAGCUCAGUUGAGACCUCUAGCCUAAAAUCACACUCUCUGAGUAUAACCGAGAGAAAGCAGUUUCAAAAUCAGCUACAGCAAGAAUAUUUUAAACAACAGCAAUAUGAUCAGAGAAAUGGCAAUGCACUAAAUGAUGAACAAGGAUAUGACAAACAAAUGGAACAAACUUUACUAAGAAAGGAACAAUACGUUGAAUCAUCGGGUGUUUUGGUUUCAGAAUCGGGGUAUUUAUCUAUAUCUUCAAAUUUAAAAGGUAAAACAGCUGACAAACAAAACAAGAAACCCAAAAGAACUUCGUCACUGAAAUCUGCAAUGUCAUCCAUGAGUCACUGGCUUCCGGACUUACACCUGCCAAAAAAACAUAGAUCGCAUUCUUUACCAACUGGUGUAGAUACAGUUGAGCAAACGCAACAAGAAAAAUCACUAAAAGAAAGACUAUUAUCUGCUCAGAGACGUAAAAAGAAAUAUCAUUUAGUUGCAUCAAUGUCAGGACUACUACAAAAAGCUAGAAGGAAACAGCAAGCAAGCCACCAAUCACUAUCAGAUCCUGAAACAUCUGAAACAGAAUGGUCUGGUGGGCGGUCUAGUGCUCAAUCCGAGGAUAGUGACAGCGUUUUUUCUGAUUCAACACAUGAGGGUAAUGUUUUUGCUAAAGUACCAACCAAAUCUAAACAAAGAAAAGUAAAUAAUCAGGAAACAAUAGAACAGCAGCAAAUGAUCCAAGAACUACAGCAUCACGGUAUAGAGUUUCAAGAUGAUGAUAGUGAAUGUAUAAUUGAAGAAAAUGAAAAAUUUCAAAGUAAUACUUUACCUAGGGAUAAGAGUGAUGAUAUUGACUUUCAUUUUGCUCGGGUAAGUCAGAUGAAUAAAGAUAACAUCACUGAAUUAGAAAAGCUUGAUAUCGAUACCGAUAUAUCCAAUAUAGAUCCUUUUGAAGAUGAUUUAAAGGAAGAAAAUCGCUCUCCUUCUUCACUAUUCGCUACUGUAGGAGAUGUUAAAAAAGCAGCAACAGGUGAUGAAGUAAUCACUGAUAAUAACAAAUCUUACAACGGUAGUUCGCAAGAAUUUGCGGUAUCUAGAGCGUUAGGUAAAUACCGGCUACGCAAAUCAUCUUCUGUAUCUGACGAUCAGAUGUCUGAUACUUCUCCACCAAAAGUUGAAUCACGUAUUGCAGAAGAAGAAAUUGAAGAACAAUGUCAGAAAUUUAAACGAUCAACCAAAUCUAGUCCUCCCAAAACAAGUCCACCAGAAAUAAUAAGUAGCUCAGCCCCAGAAGAGUCAAUGACCUUUACAGAACGCAGUCCAUCUAUUCAAAGUGUUCGAGGUAUACCUAAUAAGUUUCAGCCAAGACAUCAACAAAGUUUGGAAAUACCAAACAAACACGAUGAUGAUGAUAGCAAAAGUACACAUUCCUGGAGAAGUGGCUCAAGAGUAUCAUCUAGACGUCAGAGUACGGAAGAUAGCAUAGAUUCAGAAGAUGAGUGGUAUUGUUAUGAGCUAAGAAAGUUAGAGGAAAUGGAACAUCAGUCACAGCUAGAAGCAGAAAGGGAAAAAACUUUAGCAGAAGAGCCUGAGUUUGAAGAAGAAGGAAUAGUGGAGUCUAAAGAAAUAUUAAAAGAAAAAAUGUCUUUUGUAUUACGAGAAUUAAAACUUAAAACUGUGUCUAUUAAGGUAAAAUGUGACGAGGAGCCUUCAGAGGAAAAAUGGAAAGAAGUUACAACCUUUCCUGUUAUUGACGAAAAAUCAGAUGACAUAGCUCCAGAUGGAGAGUCAGAUGAUGAUGAAAAAUCAUAUUCUGAUUCGGGUUCAGGUGAGACAUCAGGACCUGAUAGUCCAGUGCAAAGUGGAGAUGAAUUUGAAGAGGAUUAUGAUACUCCACUAUCCCACCAAGCUCCAGUUCCAGCUGAAGCUACACCACAACAAGAUGCUCCAGUUGGAAGUAAAUGGAAACUACUUAAAGCCCUGAAAGAUCGAAAAGCCGAAGAGAAAACAACAGAAACACCAGCUGAGACAACUCCAUCUACAGAAAAGGAUAAAGUUAGUGCUGGUAAUGGCACUGGUGGGUUCAACGAGCAAGGUGGCCGAGGAAAUGGGCAUCCAGGAGAUAAUCCAUUUUAUAGCAACAUUGACAGUAUGCCAGACAUACGACCUAGAAGAAAAUCUAUUCCUCUGGUAUCCGAACUUGUUCUUAAGACGAUGGCUGCUACGAAGAGGAAUGCAGGUUUGACAUCAGCGGUCCACCGAGCCACUUUAAAUGAUGAAGAACUGAAAAUGCACGUUUACAAGAAGACUUUACAAGCUUUGAUCUACCCGAUUUCAUCGACCACGCCUCACAACUUUGUAUUAUGGACGGCCACUUCUCCCACAUACUGUUACGAGUGCGAAGGCUUGCUUUGGGGUAUCGCAAGGCAAGGUGUUAGGUGCACUGAGUGCGGGGUCAAAUGCCACGAAAAAUGCAAAGAUUUGCUCAAUGCUGAUUGUCUACAGAUGUGUUUCGCAGGGGCGGCUGAAAAGUCUUCAAAACAUGGCGCUGAAGAUAAAGCUAACUCAAUAAUUACUGCCAUGAAGGAAAGGAUGAAGCAGCGCGAAAGAGACAAGCCGGAAAUUUUUGAACUAAUCAGGCGGACUUUUAACGUCGAUCCCGACACUCACAUAGACAGCCUCGAACAGGCCGAGCAAAUCACUAUAGAAGGGACUUCCAAAUGGUCCUGCAAAAUCGCCAUCACAGUUAUCUGCGCUCAAGGCCUGAUAGCAAAAGAUAAAAGUGGAACUUCGGAUCCAUACGUAACCGUCCAAGUAAGCAAAGUAAAGAAGAGAACAAGAACAAUGCCCCAAGAACUGAAUCCUGUGUGGAACGAGAAAUUUUACUUUGAAUGCCACAACUCCUCGGAUCGGAUAAAAGUAAGAGUUUGGGACGAAGACAACGACUUAAAAUCCAAACUUCGGCAAAAAUUGACGAGGGAAUCCGACGAUUUCUUGGGUCAAACAAUCAUUGAGGUCCGGACACUAUCUGGAGAAAUGGACGUAUGGUACAACUUGGAGAAGAGAACAGACAAAUCCGCGGUAUCCGGAGCUAUCAGACUACACAUCAACGUCGAGAUCAAAGGAGAAGAGAAAGUGGCGCCUUAUCACGUUCAAUAUACUUGCCUCCACGAGAACCUGUUUCACUACCUCUGCGAGGAAAACGGCGGUGCGGUGACACUCCCAGCAGCGCGAGGCGAUGAUGCCUGGAAAAUAUACUUCAAUGAGAACCCUGAGGAGAUUGUUGACGAGUUCGCCAUGAGAUACGGCAUCGAAGCUAUCUACCAAGCAAUGACGCAUUUUCACUGUCUUUCUACAAAGUAUCUUUGCGCGGGUGUGCCAGCUGUCAUGUCUACCCUAUUGGCAAAUAUUAACGCUUACUAUGCCCACACCACUGCGUCUUCCGCAGUUUCCGCGUCAGACAGAUUUGCUGCUUCAAACUUUGGAAAAGAAAAGUUUGUUAAACUGCUCGAUCAACUGCACAAUUCACUACGAAUCGAUCUCUCGAUGUACCGAAACAACUUCCCAGCAUCAAGCGCUGAGAAACUCAUGGACCUCAAGUCUACCGUCGAUCUGCUCACCAGCAUCACUUUCUUUAGGAUGAAGGUCCAAGAACUCAGCAGCCCUCCCCGCGCCAGUACUGUUGUUAAAGACUGUGUCAAAGCUUGCCUUAGAUCCACAUAUCAAUUUCUAUUUGAAAACUGUUACGAGCUCUACAACAGAGAGUUUCAGGUGGACCCCAAUGAAGCAAAACGUGAUCCAUCAGACCACGGGCCGCAGCUCGAUUCAGUAGACUUCUGGCACAAAUUGAUAGCGCUUAUUGUGUCUGUGAUAGAAGAGGAUAGAAACAGCUACGCACCCGUCCUCAACCAGUUCCCGCAGGAGUUAAAUAUUGGACAGUUAUCUGCUGCAACAAUGUGGUCGUUAUUCGCCGUGGACAUGAAGUACGCGCUAGAAGAACAUGAACAGCAUCGGCUCUGCAAGUCUUCCGCUUAUAUGAAUUUACACUUCAGGGUCAAGUGGCUUCAUACAAACUACGUGAAAGACGUUCCUCCUUACUGUGGUGCUGUGCCAGAGUACCCGGCGUGGUUCGAACCCUUCGUCAUGCAGUGGCUCAAUGAAAACGAUGACGUGUCCUUGGAAUACCUCAAUGGUGCUUUCAACAGAGAUAAGAGGGACGGGUUACAAAAGUCAAGUGAACAUGCCCUGUUCAGUAAUUCAGUGGUGGAUGUGUUCACGCAACUUACUCAGUGCUUCGAUGUGGUAUCCAAACUGGAGUGUCCUGAUCCGGAGAUAUGGAAGCGUUAUAUGAAGAGAUUUGCGAAGACUAUUGUCAAAGUUCUGGUAGCGUACGCAGAUAUUGUGAAGAAAGAAUUUCCUGAGCAUUUAAAGGAGGAACGAGUGGCCUGCAUUCUAAUGAACAAUAUACAGCAACUUAGAGUACAGUUAGAAAAGAUGUUUGAGGCCAUGGGUGGAACAAAGCUUGAGCGAGACGCGGCUGAUAUUCUAAAUGAUCUCCAAGCUAGCCUGAACAGUACUUUGGAUGAGCUAGCUUCUAUGUUUGCUAUCAGCCUUGAAACGAGGAUCACGGCAAGUGUGAAAGAGCUAGGUGAACUGCUACAAAAGGUGGGAGGUGGGACAGCGGUACCAGGUGCACCGCAACCCCCUGCUCACCAUGAGGCAGAUGAGGUGCUGAGGCCGCUGAUGGAUAUCUUGGAUGGUUCGCUCACGAUGUACGCCGAAUCUUGCGAGAAGACUGUGCUAAAGAGGCUUCUGAAAGAAUUAUGGAAGAUUGUUAUGAAGAUACUUGAAAAAACUGUGGUGCUUCCUCCUAUGACUGAUAAGACGAUGAUGCUCAAGAAUCUCACGAACAAUGCGAAGAAUUUAGCAGCGAACGCGAAGAUUGAAGAUAUGACGCAGCUUUUCAAGAGCACGGUUGGUAAACAGGAUGUCAAACACGCUCUUUCCGGAGUCAUGGAUAUUUCCAAAGAGCAUUUAUCAGCAGAAAAGAGUCUCACACCAAAGCAAUGCGCAGUAUUAGAUGCAGCCCUAGAUACCAUCAAAUUAUACUUCCAUGCGGGUGGCAAUGGCUUGAAAAAGACUUUCUUAGAGAAAAGCCCUGAGCUUCAGUCCUUGAGAUAUGCACUGAGUUUGUACACACAAACCACCGAUACGCUGAUCAGAACGUUUGUUACCAGUCAGCAAAAUCAAGAUGCAGCAGUAGCGGAAGAAGGCAGUGUAGGAGAGGUAUCGCUCCAGGUAGAUCUUUUCACACAUCCUGGCACAGGUGAACACAAGAUCACGGUGAAAGUGGUUGCUGCAAAUGACCUGAAGUGGGUGAUCGCAAGCGGCAUGUUCCGUCCGUUCAUUGAAGUAAAUUUGAUUGGCCCGCACCUCGCCGACAAGAAAAGGAAGUUUGCCACUAAGUCCAAGAGUAACAACUGGAGUCCCAAGUUCAAUGAGACUUUCCAUUUUAUGGUGAGCGCAACAGAACAACUAGAGUUGUUUGAACUUCAUGUCUGUGUACGGGACUACUGCUUCGCAAGAGAAGACAGAUUAGUGGGCGUAGCGGUUAUGCGCCUUGCUGACAUCGCUGAACAGGGCUCAUGUGCUUGCUGGCUACCUCUUGGUACGCGCGUCAAGAUGGAUGAAACCGGAUGGACAAUACUUAGGAUCCUCUCGCAGAGACAUAGCGAUGAGGUGGCGAGAGAAUUCGUCAAACUUAAGUCAGAAAUGAGAGCAGAAGCACCGACUGGUACCCAAGGACCUGCGUGAAAGCCGGAAGCAAUAACCGCGUGAUCAAGUUCAGCAAGCCAUUAUAUACGACUGGAACCAGCCGGUUGUGAUAUAUUAAACAGUACUAACGGAGCGACCACAACAUUCUGUCCUCAUUGGACAUUUCGAAAAUCAGGAGGUGAAUCACUGAUAUCUCUUAAGAUAAUAUAUCUUAAGGACAAGUCAAGAUCAAUUCCUACAAGACACCCGGCGCUCCGGCGGUUACCGGUCAGUGCUCGUUCGUUCAUUUCAUUUACAUUCUCGAUGAGAGAAUCGUUUUGUAAAUAAAUUUACGGUGUUAAGUUACGCGGAUAGUAGAAUAUUUUGCACAAAUUUGAAUCAUUAGCCAAAAAGACUGACCGUAGGCGGCCGGACGCUGCUACGUCCGCCGAUGUUUAGGUAUUCAGCAAAAUAAGGUCUCCUAGCAUACUCCAUAUUAAACUUGUUAAAUAUGUCAGACCUCUGGAUUAAACCAUUGCAAUGAGCACAAAAUUUAUUCCUGAUACCCAAUUUUAUUUCUUCCAUUUAAACGUUAUGAAAGUUUUGUAAUAUUUGUAUUUGUUAACGCAAAGACGCCAGGCGAAUUUCCAGUAUAUUCAUGGAUGUCGUCACUUUAAUAUUUUGCUGGAUUCCUAAAGUUGUGUGUGGACUUAUCGACACACACACGAUUUAUGUAUUAAUUCUACUUGUAUGGACCAAACUGUCGUUAAUACGGACGCAUAACCUAUUCCUUAACCCCUAAUAUUAAAUCAACAUUAUUUAUCUACUUAAUCAUCUUAUCGUUAUACGUGUACAGUAAAUAAAUAUAUGGCCUUAUGUAAAUUAUUUCCUUCGUUUGUUGGUACACAUAAUGCGCUUCUGUCGAGGAACAUUAAAAAGUGUUAACGUAUUGCGUGUUGAGAUUCGAUGAGAAUUUUACGCUUCCCGUUAUUGCGUGUUAGUCAUGCUCGAAUUAAUGCACGUUUAGGAGAUGAGUGUUCUAUAAUUGGAUUACUGUAGUAUGAUUUGUUGUAAAAUGUAUGGUAUCGUCAUCUUUUAUAUGAACCCCUUUAUGUCCCGUUUUAAGUGAUCCGCAUUUUUUGUGAUCCAAUUUGUAUAUACGUACCAAAAUUGUUAAAAAAAACAUAUAUCAACACUUUGCUCUUAAUUUUUACGCUUGGCCUGUUUAAACAUGUUAUCUAAAGUCUCCUGUCUUUUUGUAUAUUAUUCAAAAAUGUGAUAUUGUUAUAAAAUGAGAUACCUAAAUAAUAAUUACUGUGGAUAUUUAUGUGGACUUCUUUUAUAAAAGUUCAUGUGUGUUAACUGUUAACAUAAUAUGCUUCAACUUUGUUUGUCCUAUAGGAUGUUAAUACUGUAUCCAUUCUUAAAGAUCUAUAAUUAUUAUUAUUAUUAUAAAAUAUAAUGUUCGUAAAACCCUUUAAAAGUAAUAAACCUAAUCUUAAACAUUCAGUGCUCAAAUAUUUUUGGUUAAGCGUUAGAAUCGUGUUUGUAAUGUACUUGUUUGCGGUAAUGGAAUAUGAAUUUAUUAAAACUUAAUCACAUAAAGCAAGGUCGAAAGUACACAGUGUUGGAAAAGUCACACGAAUAUAUAACAGGUUUGUUUUCGAUGCUACAUUGUUAUCAUUAGCGAUUCGUAUCUCUAUUUACUAUAUAACGUUUAAUGCUACAUUAUCACAAGCCGCUUUCUUCACUUAUUAGCAUUUUCUUAACUUAGUUUUAUAAUAAUGACACAAUUUGCGAACUACCUACAUAUCCUAGAAACAUUAAAAAAUACAGUACAUGAUCAUAUUCAAAAAUUACAUUCCAAUUUCAUGAUCACUUUGCCUUUACGCCUUCGAUAUACAUGAUAUUGUAAACUUUAACUAUGUUUUUUUUUCUAUUUUCUAUUUGUUUAUUAUUUAUUGUAUUCAUUCCAGAUGUUUAGUCACGUAAAGGCAUAUAAUGGCCUACCUAGUGUUAGGGCGCGCAUGUGAUAUAGCCAUACCACGUACCUAUAUACCUCGUAUACGUAUACAAAUGUAGCAUUGAAAAUGUAACCGAGAAGCACAUCACUUAACACACACGGGAGUUAGAUUUUCUGUAUAUUAGUAUUUAUCAUGGAUUACAUAUCUGUAGAUAGAAUGUGGUUUGUCUAGUCCAAAUCUCAAUAAUAUAUUAUAAAAAAUAUAUUUACUCGUCUUACUAAAUCUAAAUUAAAAUCAUUUCUUAUGUGAUUUUCUUGUGAUUUUUUAAUCGACUGAAUUGGUUUGUUCUCAAAAAAUAUUUAUUAUCUAAAGCACACCAAAAUAAUACAAAAAA